AUGCCGCCGCGCCGCCGCCCACCCUCCGGCUACCACGGCGUUCGGGGCGCGGCCGAGCGGCCGAUUCGACGCGGAGAUCCGUUCCGGCGAGGGAGCGGAUCCCGCCUCGGCACCUUCGACACGGCGCACGAGGCGGCGCGGUCCUACGACGCCGUCGCGUGGCGGCUGGGCCGCAGCCGCCGCGCGAUGAACUUCCACGACGUGUUCACGCGGGAGCAAGCGGAGAUGCUCGCGCCGCCGCCGAUGAUCACGCGGGAGCAGCGAGCGCCGACGGCGGGAGCCGAGCGGCGCUUUGCUCAUCAUAGUCCAUCCAAGAUAAAGCCCCAGAGAUUGGCGCAACCAGCUCACAUUGGAAUUCCCAGUGGUUCUCAUUGCGGCCAUUAG